AUAUUUUAACCUGCGUAUCGCGUUUGGUGUGGGGGGGAAAUAAAUGUUUGGGUUUGGGUUCGGUGUACGAUGGUGAUAGGUGUGUGUAAUAAUGAGCAGCCUGGUGACCUAGAGCGUCGGAGAGGGAGCAUACGUGACAUCAGGGACUUUUGAUGUUACAGCCUGCUGUUACUUCAGAAGUUUAGUUUACUGUAUGGCCAAUGAUGUUGCUGUUAGUCCAAUGUAAUCUCUAUCCAGGUUAGCUCAAGGUCUAGUCUACUCCUGUCCUGAGCCAAGCUGUAGGUAAUUUACUCAUAGUUAAUUGCCUGAUAUCAUGUCAUUGUUGGUGUUCUGCACACUGAACUUGGCAGAAAUGUAGACCCAAGAUAAACAAGUGGAGUUGGUAGCAUGACAUCUAAUUUCAUAGUGUAUGUCCAGGCAGCUAUAGCAGAUUAAAACAAACCAGGAUGUUCUUUCAGAGGACUCCCCCUUUUCAAACUGCUGUUUGACAUUCGAUCAGGACUGAAUCAACUCGGCUGGCUUUUUAGAAAAUCCAUAACAGGUUGCAUUGGAAUUUCCAAUGCCAGCCUGUGAUAUGAAGAGCAGCUCAAUCCUCAAUCUCCCACAGAUUUACUGAAGGCAUUUAACUGAAUUGGGGCUCCAUAUUCCUUUAGCUGGAGGUCAUACUUUUCUCUCUAAUGUAUUGAUAUUUGGUUACUCACUGGAUAUAGAUGUAAUGUGCAUUUAAUGUAUAGAGAUUAUGUAAAUCGGCAACUGCUGAAAUAGAUCUUCAUGUGGUUUGAUAUUCUACAGACGUGAAUGGAUAAUCUAUCUGGCACCACUAUGAUGUGUCAGGGCAGAAGAGUCCUGCUCGCAUGGAUAAGUCUGAGCCUGUUUGUGAGUUUUCAUACAGUCGAAGGCGACAGAGAGAGCCUCUUCCAGCUUAAUACUAGGUAUGGUAAGCUGGAGGGCAGACUGGUCAGAGUGAGAGAGAGCCAGACGAAGGUGGCUGCCUACCUGGGGAUCCCCUUCGCUGAGCCCCCUGUCGGGCCCCUGAGGUUCCAGGCCCCCAAACCUCCCCGGGUGUGGCAGGGACUGAGAGACGCCAAGGCUUACCCCCCACUGUGUCUGCAGAACAUGAACCACACUAGACGAAUGGGGGACCUGUACAGAGGUCGGUUCCCUGUCCUAACCACCUCAGAGGACUGCCUUUACCUGAACAUCUACACACCAGUCAAACCUGGGUACCCAAGGAAACUACCAGUGAUGAUUUGGAUCCAUGGUGGUGGCUUCCUCAUGGGAGGGGCUUCACUCUAUGAUGGCUCCUCAUUGGCUGCCUUCGGGGACGUUGUGGUGGUCAUCCUUCAAUACCGUCUGGGUAUCCCAGGGUUCCUCAGCACUGGGGAUGGCCAGUACCCUGGGAAUGUGGGUAUUCUGGACCAGGUGUGUGCCCUGCGCUGGGUGCAGGAGACCAUCAGCAGUUUCGGGGGAGACCCAGGAUCUGUCACCAUUUUUGGAGAGUCUGCUGGUGGUGUUGCCGUCUAUUUACAUAUGAUGUCCCCUCUGUCAUCAGGACUGUUCCACAAGGCCAUCAGUCAGAGUGGAGUACCCCUCAUUUCUCUGUUCAUCCAGGAUGACCCCAAACCUGCUGCACAGCUGGUGGCACAGAGAGCAGGAUGUCCCAGUGAUGACUCUGCAGAGCUCAUGACCUGCCUCAGUACCCUCAGCCCACAGGACAUAGAGGUGGCUACACCUGCACUGGGGGAGAUGGUUCUGUCUGUGCACAGGGAUGGGACAGUCAUCCCUACCAACCUGGAGGAAGUCCUGCAGACCAAGAGCUUCCUGGGCUUCCCCAGCAUCAUGGGGGUCAACAACCAUGAGUAUGGAUGGAUGCUCCCACAUUUUUUCCUGUUUCCUGGAUGGGAUCUUGGAAUGACCCAUGAAAACAUGAUGAUGAUCCUGGCGUUUAUGCUUCCGAAACUGCGUAUGCCAGACUCUGCCCUGGGGAUCAUCGUAGGGGAGUACUUUGGUGACACGAAGGACCCCGUGGGGAUCAGAGAUGCCUUCUUGGAGCUUAUGGGAGAUCUACUGAUUGUGAUCCCUGGGAUCCAGGGAGCCAGAGGGUGUAGAGAUUCUGGUUGCUUGAUCUACUACUAUGAGUUCCAGCAGCGCCCCUCCAUGUUCGAGUCCAGCAGGCCAGGCUUUGUGAAAGCAGACCACUUUGAUGAGGUUGGCUUUGUGUUUGGCGCCCCCUUUUGGACAGAUGACAUAGUGAUGUUAGAUAACACGACAGACGAGGAACGACAGCUUAGCAGGACCAUGAUGAAAUACUGGACUAACUUUGCCAGAACAGGUAACCCUAACGGAGAGAAUAUGUUUGAUUGGCCGACAUUCACCACAGAAGAAGAGUGUCUACUGAUCCAGGCAAACCUCAGGCUGGGCAGUGUCUCAGAGAAGAAGAGAGCCCAGUUCUGGACAGAAGACUUCCCCAAAGGACUGCAGACUGCUGGACACAAAGAUGCACACAAUGACCUUUAGAGCUGAAUGUUCACUGUGUCAAAUGCUGUUCUAGGAGUGUCCAUGUUGUUUCCCUCCACUCCUGUCACGUCCUGACCAUAGAGAGUCCUUAUUUUCUAUGGUAUAGGUCAGGGCGUGACUGGGGGGUUAGUCUA